CGGGCUCGGCCGCCAGCACUAAAGAUGGAGAGGCGCCGGGGCCUCGCAGGGGAGGGGGCUUGGCGUUGACGUGGGACGCGGCGGAGGCGCCGCAGCCGGUGGUGAUUUGCUAACCUAGCGGCAGAGAGGAGUUAAGGGUGAUGAGAGCGGGUACUGCGAACUGCCGGGCGAUGCCGCCGCUGCCGCCGUGAGAUCCGGAGCAACAGUUCCCCAGCAACACCCCUUCCCUGAUCCAGGCACACCCCUCACCCCCCAGGCACGCACACCCACCCCAAGCUCCAGGCUCGGCAAGCGUCCUCUCCACUCGCCCAGGAAGCCUACCCUGCCCCACCACGCAGAGCAAAGAAGGAAAGAGAGCCCCAUGCCUGAACCAAGGGGAGCAUCAUGGAUCUGACAAAGAUGGGUAUGAUCCAGCUGCAGAACCCUAGCCACCCUACGGGCCUGCUCUGCAAGGCCAAUCAGAUGCGCCUGGCCGGGACUUUGUGCGAUGUGGUCAUCAUGGUGGACAGCCAGGAGUUCCAUGCCCACCGGACGGUGCUGGCUUGCACCAGCAAGAUGUUUGAGAUCCUCUUCCACCGAAACAGCCAGCACUAUACUCUGGACUUCCUCUCGCCAAAGACCUUCCAGCAGAUUCUGGAGUAUGCCUACACAGCCACACUGCAAGCUAAGGCAGAGGACUUGGAUGACCUGUUGUAUGCAGCUGAAAUCCUGGAAAUCGAGUACCUGGAGGAGCAGUGCCUGAAGAUCCUGGAGACCAUCCAGGCAUCCGAUGACAAUGACACAGAGGCCACCAUGGCUGAUGGUGGGGGCGAAGAAGAAGAGGACCGCAAGGCUCGAUACCUCAAGAACAUCUUCAUCUCGAAGCAUUCCAGCGAGGAGAGUGGGUAUGCCAGUGUGGCUGGACAGAGCCUCCCUGGGCCUAUGGUGGACCAGAGCCCUUCGGUCUCCACCUCUUUUGGUCUUUCAGCCAUGAGUCCUACCAAGGCAGCAGUGGACAGUUUGAUGACCAUAGGACAGUCUCUCCUGCAAGGAACUCUUCAGCCACCUGCAGGGCCUGAAGAGCCCACACUGGUGGGGGGUGGGCGGCACCCCGGGGUGGCUGAGGUGAAGACAGAGAUGAUGCAGGUAGAUGAAGUCCCUGGCCAGGACAGCCCUGGGGCAGCUGAGUCCAGCAUCUCAGGAGGGAUGGGGGACAAGCUUGAAGAAAGGAGCAAAGAGGGGCCUGGGACUCCCACUAGAAGCAGUGUCAUCACCAGUGCCAGGGAGCUCCAUUAUGGGCGAGAAGAGAGUGGUGAGCAGCUGUCACCUCCUGUUGAAGCUGGUCAGGGAGCCCCCGGGCGACAGGAGCCCCUGGUACCCCCAGUGGAGAAGCAUUUGGGCAUCUACUCAGUGUUGCCCAACCACAAGGCCGAUGCUGUGUUGAGCAUGCCGUCUUCAGGGACCUCUGGUCUCCAUGUGCAACCUGCCCUGGCUGUCUCCAUGGACUUCAGCACCUAUGGGGGCCUGCUGCCUCAGGGCUUUAUCCAGAGGGAGCUGUUCAACAAGCUGGGUGAGCUGGCUGUGGGCAUGAAGGCCGAGAGCCGUCCUCUGGGGGAGCAGUGCAGCGUGUGUGGGGUCGAGCUUCCAGACAACGAGGCUGUGGAGCAGCACAGGAAGCUGCACAGUGGGAUGAAGACGUAUGGGUGUGAGCUCUGUGGAAAGCGGUUCCUGGAUAGUUUGCGACUGAGAAUGCAUUUACUGGCUCAUUCAGCGGGUGCCAAAGCCUUUGUGUGUGAUCAGUGUGGUGCCCAGUUCUCAAAGGAGGAUGCUCUGGAGACACACAGACAGACCCACACUGACAUCCGCCCUUUCCCCCUGGUGUCACCUCUGCUGCCUGCUGACAGAAAGGAGUUCAUAAAAACCUAUGUGUAA